AUGGCUACGAUACCGGAUCAUCCAUCUCUGGCCCGAAUCCCUCCAGGGUACAGGCAAAAGCUCAGCCCCAAGGCAAUUGAACUCAUCGCGAAAGUAUACGAUUGGGUUGAGAAUGAAUGUAUUCCAGCAGACCACAUUGUCAAGGCUCAAUUGGAGCAAAACCGUUGGGCAAUGCCACCUUAUAUCAGGGCACUGAGGGAAAAGGCAAAAGCUGCGGGCCUUUUUAAUCUGUUUCUUCCUAAUCAUUUCAAAGAAAGUCCUGGGCUCACAAUUCUGGAAUACUCUUGUUGCUGUGAAAUUCUUGGGCGAGUGUACUGGGCACCGAUGACCCUCAAUUGUCAUGCUCCAGAAACCGGAAACAUCGAGCUUUUGGCUAAGUAUGGCACCGAAAAGCAGAAGGAAAAGUGGAUGAAGCCUCUUCUUGACGGAGAAUGGUCUUCCGCAUACUCGAUGACAGAGCCAGAUGUUGCUGCUUCUGACGCGACAAACAUCAGCUGUCGGAUCCGGCGGGAGGGAAAUGAGUAUGUCAUCAAUGGCCGGAAAUUGUAUGGCAACUCAUUAGCCAAUGAGGAUGUGAAAUUCUAUAUACUCAUGGGCUGUUCUGAUCCAGACAACGCUGACCCGUGGAAACGACACUCGACUGUGAUUGUGCCCAGGGAUGCUCCAGGAUUGAAGAUGGUUCGAUACAUGACAAUCAUGGGAUUCGACUGUGCCCCUGAGGGACAUGGAGAGUAUGUGUAUGAGAAUGUGAGGAUUCCUGUGGAGAACAUUAUCUUGGGAGAGGGCAGAGCAUUUGAGAUCGCCCAAGGCCGAUUGGGACCUGGAAGAAUACACCAUUGUAUGAGACUAUUAGGCCAAGGUGAGCGUGCCUAUGAGCAUGCACUAAUCAGAGCCACCGACACGCGAAAGAAACCUCGGGGUAAGUUGAUCGGUGAAUUUGAUAGCAACAUCGAAAGGAUUGCCGAUAUGCGCAUGGAACUAGAUGCUCUACGACUCGUGGUCUUGAAUGCCGCAGAAACAAUGGACCUGAUGGGAAAUGUCGCGGGGAGAUAUGCAAUUGCGCAGGCAAAGGUCAUGGUGCCUAUUGGAGUGGCCAAGGUCAUCGACGAAUGUAUGCAGCUGCUUGGUGGUCAAGGCCUCACGCAGCACACAUUUCUCCCGGAAGCUUGGACAUAUGCUAGAUUUGUUCGGAUCGCAGAUGGCCCAGAUGCUGCACAUAGACAUCAAGUUGGCCGAGAUCAGCUGAAAACAGCAGCGCAAGCCAGGCUAAAGCAUCUUGGGUAUAAGAAGAGGCACCAUCAAUUAGCGAAGGCGUGGGAUAUGCCAGUGACAGAGUUGUUUGAGUAUGUGGAACGAAUUGAAAAGCUGUAG